AUCUCUUAAAAAUCGAUAUACUUUGUAUUAGCACUGAUAUACAUCUUAUAACUUCCGAUAAGUCUAUCUUGAUCGUGAAUACCUAUAUAAACCGCAAUAGCCAAGCGAUUUUUUGUUAGAGCGCAACUCGCAGUCAAAAUGGCUUGCAAAAUGUUUGGAUUGUUUUUCUUUAUCGCUGUAGCUACUUCAGGUACCAGCGCUUUAACCCAAAUCUUCCUCGAAGAUGAACACAUCUCGUUCCUGACCAAUGACCUCAUCGCAAAAACUCUGACCAUCCCAAAAUUCACCUUCGAUACCCUUCAGUCAUGCCACGUCGUUCUCCCCAACGGAACGAUGGUAGAAGCCUACCCUAACAAUGAACUCAACGACCCUCACAUAUCCUUCUUGAAUGCGGUUCAGCCAUUUGUGAGCUGUGGGAUUGGUAUCUUAGGAGCGCCUACUUCCUACUCUGGGACGUAUGAGCUUUACUCCGUUGUGGAGGACUGGACCGGUUUGGGACUGAGUUUGACCAGGAAGAAGUUUCACCUCACUUUGAGAGAGGGUGACUCUUGGCUUAUUCCAAGUGAGAAUUAAUAAUAAACGGUAAUCGUGUUUUGA